UGACGUCGUUGAUUUGAGCACAGUAUUUUUAUAGCUUCGCAGUAAAUCACAACACAAACAAAAUGGAGUUCGAUACAGUAUUGUGUUGAGCCUAUUAUAGAUUUGUGCUUGGAUACUUCCAUCGUUUUAAAGUAUUUGACUUGAACAUAGAGUCUAGAUCUGGAUCGUGAAGAUCUAUUAUGUUGUCUUAAUGCCAAAAUUUUCAUGUUUUGUUUGACGAGGUUUCACCAGAAUGUCUUCAAGUAGUGAUCAGGAUGAGUUUUACGACGCCCCCGACACAACCCCUCACCACAGCCACGGACAUCGUCGUCUAGGGAGUAGCUCAGCUGGUGUCACACUCUCCGAUAUUGAGGAGGAAGAGAGGAGGUUAUUGCAGCUGAAACGAAGGGCUGAAGAAAGACGCAAGCGAGAAGAUGAAGAGUUGGAGCUACGCCUACAAGAACUGCAACAGCAGAAAAGAGACGAAGCACAGAAUAAGGAACAAGAACCACCUAACUCUGAUCUUGAGGGUCGGCGAAGAAAGUUGGAAGAGAUGCGUCAGACCCUGGGCUCUGACCGCUCCUUUUUUUCUACAUCUCAUGACUCAUCUUUAGAAAAUGACUCACCGAACACCUCUGCGGACAUUCCUGACGUAUUUGCUCUGUCCGGGAGUGGGCGACCACUCACAGCCCCCAAAUCGAACACCAUAGAGAAGAUGGAGAACAAUGGCUGCACUAGCAGUCCGGGCCAGCCGCUACGCCAGCAGCAGCAUGCCAAGAAACGCUCGGGCUCAUGGGGCGACCUGCCCAAGAACGACUCUCAGCUCACGGCUGGCACUAGCCUGGCCCUCUCUCAGCGCCUGGAGAGGAUUUCCUCUCAGGGUGAUGGGCGAGCGGAUGCUGUGGGAGGUGGCAGCAGAGGAAGUGGGAGCAGUAUCUCUGAUCGUGCCAGUGUGGGAAGCGUGGGCAAAGAAAGUGGACGCAGCUUAUCUAGAGAGGACAAGUUGAGUGAUUUGGAUCAGAAUAUGGAUAGGUUCCAGCCUGAAAAAGAGAAACAGAAUAAAAGUCUGACGCUACUCAUCACUGGCAGCAAACUGGGUAGCGGUCAUUUGGCCACAGACACUGUAGUGGACACUAUCCUCCAGCAGACACAAGUCCAAGCUGAUGACUCCGAGCCAGACAUUGUGAAGAGUACAAAGUCCCAACAGCGCACGCCGCCAACUACCCUGCAACCCCCUGUGGCGCCCCCUCGGAGAAAGAAAUCCAGAAAUCUGGCCCAGCUUCCCGGUCCAUCUGCCACUGAUCUGCCGGAACCACCGUCUCCAAUGUUUGGGAGGAGAGAACCCCCAUCACCCUGUCUUGGAAUGAAGAAUCGAGAAAACGCUUUAGACCUCAAGACGGUCAUGGAGGGUAGCAGACAUAUCCAUGCUCAAGAGGCUGAGCGGACAUAUGUGGACUCAGUGCAGUUAACACCGUCCAGCGAGAGAAACAUUGGCGUGGGCAGCAUGGCUUCCCCAAACGGUACAGAGAAGCUCUCGUACGCUGGCUGUACAGACACAAUGGAUGAUAACAUGGAUUCGCUGUCUGUUCAGAUACAACACUGGCAAAGCCUGGGAGAUGGUGGCAGAGAGGCCAGCCCUAACCGACGGCCACGAUCAAACUCGGGACAUCCACUCACCGAUGAGGAAAUCCUUGAGCUGGUGACGGUAAGGAACCUGGACACAGGGGAGACAAUCCCGCUAAGCACGGCGGAGGAUAAGCUACCUAAAUGUGUGAAUCCUCUGGCCCUGCACAUCAUGAGGAGGACCAAGGAGUACAGCAGGGUAAAGAUCAAGAAAUUUUUUGGCAAGACGGUCAACAAGAUGAAGUCUGCAGCUGAUCAAGCUCUGCACAGUGAUCAGGUGCCAGUGGAGGAAGAGGUGUCUGUUGAUGGGAAAGUGUUCAAG